AUGAACCCUCUAUUUUAUGAUCGAUACAAUCCUAGGUCCCAAUAUUUCGAUGCUUACAGCUUCUGGCACCAGUACAGCGGCCAUUCCUACGACGAUUAUGUGUUCGAAGAGUGGCGCAGGAAGUAUCUUCCCGCUGACAGACGGUGCGAUUACUGUAUGGUGUUUAACAAGUUCUGCGAUCUUACCGAGCCGUGUACCGAAUGCAUGAUGUACGGGGUCCCCGUGUGUAGAGGAGGUCGCGGGCACGAUCCGGCGACGGGACCAGCCGGGCCGGGUCCGGAUGGCUCUCACAUCCCUCCUCCUCCACCGCCAGCGCCGGCUCCGGUUCCCCCUUAUGCGUUCAGAUUCCCCGUCGAUGGUCCUACUGGGUAUCACUACCCUCCACCACCAGUUCCCGGAGAUCCUAUAUCGCCCUAUCCUCCCCCAUUACCCCCGGCCCCAGCCCCAGCCCCAGCUCCAGCUUAUUUUCCUAGUCCUGCCCCCAUUACGGCACCGGCUCCCGCACCAGCACCAGCUACAGCUCCGGCUUAUGUUCCAGCUUAUGUUCCAGCUCCUGCCCCAGCUCCUGCCCCAUCAGGUCUCGUGCCGGCCCCGGCGCCGGGUCUAACCCCCGAACAGAUGGGACGACUGCCAGGCUGGUGGCACAAUGGCUGGCCGCCUACCCAACGCCCACCUGCAACAGACGCUGCAGGAGCUCUGAUUCAUGAAUGUGACUACUGUCGCGCCGAGCACCCCGGUUACCCUUGCGAUGCUUGGAUAGAGGCGUCUCCCGGGUUGGGCUGCACUUACUGUAAGAAAAACGACAGGACUUGUCGUUGGAACACAACGAUCCUGGCUCCGCGACCUGAUGGUAUGACGGAACCGAUAAGUUGCGAUCAGUGUGCGGCAUCGAACAUUUUGCGCUGUUCCUGGAGAAGCCGAGCGACCGGUGCUCCCUAUGGGCCGUGUCAAAACUGCGUGGACGGGGGACAUCAGUGCACACACGGAGGCGUGGGCGCUGAAAAUCUCCCUCUCCCGGGCCACACGCACUUCACGAUCACAAGGCAUCUGCCGUCGCAAUAUGCCAAACGGACAAAGCAGAACAAGGAGAGACAGUUAAAUACGACGCCAACAUUCAUUGCCGAGAUGCCCCGACCGAACAGCCCACCGGUAUGGGGGAAGGUGCAUGACACCACCUACAACCCCCUGAUACCUAGGCGGCUUUACCUAUCAGGAAAGAGAACGCUUGGUCUGGGUAUGCAGUGUCUUCUCUGUGCUAGUAAGCUCUCACAACGCCACGCGCACUCCAAUAGGGAUAGGUGCAAUGCCAUUCAGGAUCCUGCAGAUCCCAGCCAAAACAGAGGAUGCUCAGAAUGCGCCAAUGUUGGAGUCCAUUGUGUCGUGAAUGGAUUAGUUCUUCCACCCGUUAUGGCGCCUAAUGCUGGCACGGCUGCUGACCAGGUCCACUUCAGCAAGUGCGAGCCAUGCGUGAGAAACAGAAGACCUUGUGAUCGGAAACGGCCGUGCGAUUCCUGCGUAAUCCACGGCGAAACAUGCCGGGGCGGAGCUAUCCGGGGCACGUUUUAUCGAGGAGUUCCGGGCGACGACCAGCCCGCGUAUUAUAGGAGAGCUGGAUAUGGAGACGGCGGCGUCUAUACCCCUCGACCUGCGGGGCCUCGUUACCUAAUGCCUUUGGACUACCAUCUCCAGUACCGACCGUCAUACGGACAGUCAGGGGUUGGUCUUGGAUACGUGGACAGGCUGGGAAAUCAGGUUCCAGUGCCAGCACCUCUGCCAGCACCUGCGCCGGCACCUCUAUCAGCCCCUAUUCCAGCCCCUCUACCAGCACCUAUUCCAGCACCUGUGCCAGCCCCUAUGCCAGCACCCCUGCCAGCGCCGUCUCCCGGACCGUCUCCUGGAUCAUCUCACGGGCCGUCUCCCGGACCGCAUCCACUUCCAGAGUCUCCUAUUGACCCGCGUUUGCCAUCUCAUCCGGAGCAUAUUCCGUCACAGAGGUUGCUACUACCAGCCGCCCCUGAUCCUAAUGAUGUUACUGUAUGGGGCUUAGCACCAAACCCUACUCCUUCACCUGCUCCGCCUGCUCCUUCCCCGGAGGGUAGUAGUCAAUGGGGCUCGCUGGCCGCUCAGGCUGCCGAAUCACAAGGGCCGGGAAUGCCUCCUGUUGACUGGCACGGAAUGACCUUCCCCCCCGCUCCAGCUCCCGCUCCAUCCCCUACUGGAUCCCCCGCUGGAUCAUCCGAGGGAGGAAAGCAAGCUGUACGCUAUGUAGCAUCGCAGGAGGAGCUUGCGCUGUCGCUGGCGCCGCUACCGGGGUUCACUAUGCAGCAGCAGACGGAGCUAUGGGCACGGCUCAUAGAAUCGGACUACGACGAAGGGGAGGUGUCAUCGCAUGACGCUACCCCUUACGAGGCCUUCAUGAACGUCGAUUUCGAAAUAGUCAAUUCGAAUGACGAGUACAAUGCGCUCGGAGGUGAAGUUCUCGUCGACGAGUACGCUACCGUCUGGGGCGCGGCACAGCACGUAGUGAACCACGUGAACCAGGUCAUCGACUUGCGGACGAUCAGAAGACGGCUUCGGACGGACAUGCUGGCUAAGAUCCCUUCGCACCAGUCGCCCGUGCUCCGCAUCCUCCGGGAAUUCCUCGAGAGCCGGUUCACCGCCUCCCAGCAAAAGUACGCCUUCGAGACCCCCGUGGUAACCAUGUUCAAACCGGAACACGUCGAGAAGCUGAACCCGGGCAACUGGCCGCUGAUCUGCAUCACUCCCGACCCCGCCUUCCGCCCCGCCGACCCCGGCCCCAACCGCCCCGUCUUCUACCCGACGAGCGCCGAGCCCGUCCUCGUCGACAACCCCGAGCCGCUCGCCGCCGACCACCCAGCCUUCAUCCACCGCGCCGAGCUCGUGCGCCCGCUCCCGCCGCACCCGAACCCGACCGCGCGCCCGGCCUUCGCCUACAUGCACUACGAGCGGCAGUUCGCGGGCGGCAGGCUGCGAGACGACCUGUCAAUGCGGUGCACGGCGACGGUGGACGGGCACGCGUGCCUGAAGCCGACGGACCUCGCGUGCGAGGACACGCGGCACGCGACGCCGGUCGCCAUCUGCCUCGAGUGCGAGAUGCGGUCGCGGGCGCGGUACCACGAGAUGAUGGAGCGCGCGCUGCCGCUGAUGCGGGCGUACGCGUGCGCGGCGUGCGCGGACGGGGCGGCGGCGCAGAGCGCGACGUACAACCGGACGGGCCACCGGGUGUUCGCGACGUGCCCGGACGUGCUGGGCCCGGUGCCGGAGUGCCCGUCGGAGCAGGUCGGGCUGGCGAACGUGGGGGGGUACACGGGGCGGCACGGGCUGAUGACGGGGUGCUCGUGCGGGACGCGGAUCGUCGGGCGGGUGUGCUGCACGCCGCACCGGUUCGCGUACCUGGAGGACUUCGACAACUGCAUCGACGGGCUCAACGCCUACUGCCGGAAGACGUACGGGCGCACGUCCGUGUGCCCGUUCUGCCGGGAGCGGCCGGGCGUCGACGCGUUCGGCUUCGAGGGCCCGCAGGGCGACGAGGGGAAGCAGCGCGUCUGGGUGUGCAAGAUAUGCAACGACGUCGUGUUCGCCGACGCCGAUCAGACCGGGUAUAUCGGGGACCCGCUGCAGUUCUUCGGAGGGUUUUACGGAGGAAAGAUGCCUGAGACGCAGCUGGAUCUGGAUCCUCCUGAAGAAGAAGAAUAA